AUGGCGACUCAUGUUAUGACCUCAACUGUCCCGGCCAACCAGAUCUCGAUCUAUGGCCAGCCGUCUCCGACCAACUCUACUACAAACUCGACUACCAACUCUUCUACUACCAUCUCCGCCACCAACUCUGUCACCAACUCUACUACCAACAACUCUCCCACCUCUCCUCGCAUGACCACCGCCUCUCUUCACCAACUCCCUUUGCAGUCCCGUCAGCUGCGUCCUCUUAAGGGCCCUCUUUAUGUCCCGGCAGCUCUGCGGCCGACUGAGCGACCUCAGAAGUCCUCGCCCAUUACCCCACCCCGCAGCGUGCAUGGCUCUCUCGACAGUCUGAACGAGGACACUGAGCCUAUCACCCGUCGCUCCACUAUGGAGAGUCAGUCCAGCGAGAUUAGCCAGGUCGCACAGCACGAAUGGAUGAAGAAUGAGCACCUGGGCAUGGUGACCGGGCCUCCGACCCGUGAGCAUUGGAAAGCUGACUCGGCUUCUUCCAACUGCGAUUCUCCCACCUGCCGCUCUUCUUUCGGCAUCUUCUUGCGUCGCCACCACUGCCGUCACUGCGGUCAUGUCUUCUGCUCCUCUCACACCCCUCACCUCGUUCCUCUUGACCAGGAAGCCCGCUUUCAUCCCGAUGGUGUUCUCUCCCGUAGCUGUGAUCUCUGUUGGAGUGCCUAUCAGCGCUGGGAAGAGAGCCGCUCUGACCGUCUGAGCAAGAUUCAAAGCAACAUCGACGCCCGGCAUGGUGCCUCGGUUCCUGAUUUCGAGGGCAUGAAUGCCAACCCGGGUGCCGAACGCAACCCGAGCGAGGCCAGCGAGGUCGCUGCCUCCGUUCCCCGUGAUUGGAACUGGAGUACCUUCUAA